CCAUAGCGGUGAGCGCUCAAACUGCAACCCCCGCCUGCAUAGAGCGAGGGGGGGGGUUGUCCCGUUUCACCCAUUUCAAACCCUAUAAAUUCACUUUUGACAAGCGAACGGCUAAAGCAGAUUAACCUUUUAUUUAUUUAUUUAUUUAUUUGCUAAUCUUCUAUAAUGGCUUUGGAAUCUCCUUAAGCAAUAAGGAAAUGAUAAGAGCCUGUUUCUUUUCUUCUUAUCUAUAUCUAUAUUGUCCUCCCUUGUCUGCAUCUUUUUCCUUCUUGUUUUAUUUUCCUUUCCUUUUUUUCUAAUACGAAAUGGCCCCAGCGAUCCUAUCGCCGUAAACACAACAUUGGUAAUCCCUUCCUUUAUUCGCCUCCAGUAACAGGGAGCAGAGAGGUGUCUGCAGAUCAGGAUUGAUUACAGCAGGUAUCAAAAGUCUCCUUUGUAAGAUCUGGAUCCUAAAUCCCGUAAUUCUUUGAUAAAAGAAGCAUUACGGGUCCAUUUUCUGAACUGAAAGGUACGGCAGAAAUGGGAAAAAAAAAGCAAUCAGCAGAGGCACUAAUAGGCUGCGUGAGUGUGGGGGGAGGCAGGGAUGGGCAGGGAGCGGGGAAAGGCCCUUUGUGAAGGAUGGGGAAUGGGGAUUAAACUGCUUCAGCCAUACGAUUAGUGCAGCUGAGAGCAGAAUGAGCCUGGUUUAGGAAACAGGACCUGGCCCCACACUGUCCUCAUGCCAGGGCUGGGAGCAGGGGGCCAUCAGCAGCAGGAUACAAUGGACUUUUCCCUUUGUAUUGAAUGGUUCUAAUUUAUGUUACAGAUUCAACAGCCAAAGGAGAAGCUAUAGAGAGAUGGAAGAAAAACUACUGAUAUUUGAUGUGCGGGAGGUUCACAGCUCUCACUCCUGUGUCAAUGGCACCACACCGCCCUGCCCACACUCACUGAGCAGAACCAUUCACCAGGUGGGUUUCCUGCAUCUUACUUUUGACCUUGGUUUGCACAGCUCUGAGGGCAAGAAACCUCGGGUUUAAGCAACCUGAGCUCAGGCCUCUCCUUCAAGGCUGUGUCCCCAGGCUGCUCAUCUUGUUAGGCUCAGUGCAUGCACCCAUCCCUUCCAUGGUGAUUCCCAGACAGUGUUCACUCCUGGGUACCAAGUCCCACAGAGAUGUGCCACUCAACUGUACCACCAACAUGCUGUGAGAGACCAUCAUCUCAUUUAUUAAGGAACCUGAAUCCCUACAGAGAGUGUGCUAGAUGUAAAACAUCAGUAUCACUGUUCUGAUUAUGGCAGUGGAGGUGCAGGAAAGAAGAAAGAGGGCAAUACAAUUUCUCUGCUUUCUGCAGAAAAUAAGUCAACUUUUGCAGAGAGUUCUGGUGCAGGCAAAGGCUGUGCUCUCAUUAUAAAUAACUUCUUAUUAAGCUGAGCUCUCUUCUCUCUCAUAUUGUAUGAUAUGACAGCUCUCUUUUGAUGGGAAAGCUUUCAUUUGGCCAGAGAAAGGGAUAAUUUGCUUCUUGUAAGGAGUUAAUCCUCCAGUCCAUUUCUGUGCUGGGGAUGGCUGUCCUCCCCCUGCCCUGCACCCGAGGCUCCAGCACAAUGGAGAUCAUAACCACCUCAAAUCUACACCUGAGAUGGAGAAAUCAGAUUUCCUUCUUGAGUCAUUUUUGUGGGAUUAGCUAAAUCUUAGAUCCACACUAACCCUUCACAAAGCCGCCAAGAUUAGUUAGAAUUUAUUUUAUUCACAAGGGGGUUUAUGGUUUUCUUUCCAAAGGGAUUAUAUGUCUCUCUCUAUAUAUAGGGUGGCUUUAGGCAUAAAGCAGCCAGGUUAGAGGGAGGAAAAGUGCGUGUGUGUAUAAAAUAAAAACUCUGCUGCCAGAAUGACCAUCACUUGAAGCUCUGGGGCAAGGCAGGGAUUCUGGGCAGCCUCACUGCUCUGCUUUCAGGGCUCCAUAACACUGCCAGACCCUGCAGAGAGCAGACCCUGCUCAGUGUGAGCUUCUACCACCACUGGCCCAGCCAAGGAUGUCUGCAGAGCCCACACUGAAUGCCAACUCAGGCAGGACAGCUGUGCAGUGCUCGUUCAGCAUUGAGAACAUCCUCGCCAGCCCAGCAGAGAGGACCCCUCAGGUUCUGGUCCCACUCUGCCUCCGGAGCAUCCUGGACUGUGCUCCUAAGGGGCUGUGUGAGCUGGAGGGCAUUGCCCUGCAGGAGGAGGAGGAGGAAGAGGAGGAAGAGCUGGAAGCUGUGGCUUGUAGCUGCUGCUGCUGCUCCCAUACGGGCACACGACCUCUGCAGGACCCUCCAGGUUGGCUGGACAGCCGCUUCCCUUGGCCCAUGCGACUGCUCCACUCGGCUGUCAGAGGCUGCAAGAGCCCCCAGGGCAGCCCCAGGGAGCUGCAGAACUUCCAGCACAUCCAGCGUCGGACACGUCGCCAUCGCACCAUAUUCACCGAGGAGCAGCUGCAGGCCCUGGAAACACUUUUCCACCAGAAUCAAUACCCGGACGUCAUCACCAGGGAGCAUUUGGCCAACCGCAUCCACCUGAAGGAGGAGAGGGUGGAGGUCUGGUUUAAGAACCGUCGAGCCAAGUGGAGGCAUCAGAAGAGAGCGUCUGCCUCGGCGCUGGUCCUGCAGGGCAGCACGGAGCCACCAAAGGAGAGCUGCUAACAGCCCUGAGGGGGGGAGCAGAGGGGGCUGGGGCUUCUGCGGUUCAGAGAGUGGGAUGGGGGAUUCAGAGUGGGAUGGGGGAUUCAGAGUGGGAUGAGGGAUUGAAUAUGGACGCAGGCGGGGCUCGCCCUAACCCCCCCCGCUGUGCUGUCCCCCACUCCGCUCCUCCCCGCCGCAAGGGGGCGCGCUAACCGCCAUUC